ACUGAAUAGAUAGACUCCAGAUUAUAGGUGGUCUAAGGCUAGGUUCACAUCUGUGCAGGUGGUGCUGCUGUGGAUCCGCACGAAAAUCCGUGCAGCCGCACCACCCGCACAGAGAAAUGCGGACCCACGGGAGGGUGCCAUUAGUUCUAAUGGCACGCCGCCCGCACUGGAAAAGGUAUUCAUACUGGGAACCGAGGUUCUCGUGCAAGCUGCGUUUUUGGAAGAAGUGCAGGGACUUCUCCUAUGCAUGGCACAGGAGCCCAUUCAAAUGAAUGGGCUCUCGUGCCUGCGCAAAACGUGGCCCGCAUGGCCGCAUA